AUGAUUACUGAUAUUCACGGUGUUCCCAUCCAAGAGGCGCUUCAGACUGAAGGAUAUGUUAUCAUUGAUAAUCUCAUUCCAAAAGAAACCUUUAAUGAUUUAGUCGAAGCAUGCGAUCGAGUUGUCGAUCGAGCUCGUCGAGGAGAUUGGAAAUACCGUCGUUUGGUAGGAACUCAAUUUCCACCUUGGACAGAAGGCACUGACGUCUGGGGUGUUCAGCAUCUGAUGCACCCUGAAUUGAAGGAGCCCGUGUUUGCUGAAUGGUAUGGAUCGCCUCGAUUGCAAGAGGCCGUAUGUCAAUUACUGGGAACAAAGCCUGAAGAAUUGCAGCUCGAAUUGUUUAAUUUGCUGAUCAAUCCUCAAGACUCUGAUUUUGACUUGACAUGGCACAGAGAUUCAGUGCCUGCUGAGACUGAUGAGGAAAAGGAACGAGAGAUAUUAACUAUUCCUCACUAUGGUACUCAAUGGAAUACAGCAUUGUAUCAAGAUGGAUGUCUGUUUGUUGUACCACGCUCCCAUCGCAGAAUAAGAACACCUGAAGAGCGUCAUAUUACCAUUCAUGACCCUAAAAGCCAUGAUAUGCCUGGUAUGCUCAAGGUGGAUUUGAAGCCUGGACAGUCUGUCUUCUACGACAGCAACAUCCUUCAUCGUGCUGCCUAUGAAAAGAGUUCCAAAAGAGCCACAUUGCACGCUUGUAUGGGCACAAUCGAAGGAGGAGAUCAUCGUGCUGCCAAUAUCUUUCAACAUGGGUUGGAUUGGAUGAAUUCAGAUGCCUUUAAACAAAGUUUGCCUCCUAGUUUGGAUAAACCCUAUGCCAAUGUACUUGCAAUGGCAGAAAGUGCAGGCUUGAGUAAGCUCGAAACUGCACCCAUUCACUGA